AUGGAGCCACAGACAAGGCCUCGCCGCCGCAGCCAUGAGUUCUCGGAUGUUGACUUGGAGGACAAUAACCAGGAGACCCAUUCGUUGGCCAAACGUGCAGCUACGUACCCAAAUAUCGAUAUGCGGGCUCGAGAGCACGUCGAUGAUCUCUACAGAAACAUCUCUCUCACCCCACAGUCAGUUGUUUUCCAGGAGGCUCUCGAAGCUCACAGAGCCAAAAAGAACAAACGGCGGAAGAGUCGUCCACGCCAAGCUGCCGCUGUACCAGAGCGGGUCUCAAGUCGAAAGAAAAGCCAGGAGAGCAGAGAACGAACAGACUCGCGGCGAGUUGCAAGAUUGCGCGAACGUUCAGACGUGUGCAGCAUGGAUGGGUCAGAUGACUCCUCCUUUGUUGAUUUUUCAACCCAGCCCGAAGCCCGGAACAGAAGUGGAGGACCAACUCGUCCAAGAGCCAGUGCCAGGCAGGUUCCGUUCAAGUCUCACAACACUGGCGGCGAGGCGAACUUCCCAGAGCGAGACGUUGCUGGCCGCCCGUUACAUAAUCUUCGUGGCAUCAGUCUCCGCGGCAAGUCACACGUCAGUCUACGUGGCGUUCAGGCCUUCAACUUGCCCAAAUCGAAGCGUCGUCAACCUAUUGCUCGAGACUGGUCCCCUAUCCGCAAGAGGGCCGUUGCAACAGUUGCGUGCAUCAGCACUGCGCUCAUUGGAGUGCUGCUCGGGAUCUACGCUGGCUUGGUCCCGUCGCUUCAGUACUACAUUUGGGACUCUGGCCAUACCAUCCUCAAUGGCAAUGUUGGCUGCUUUCUCGGUAUGGCUCUUCCGACAUUCUUUUGUUGGCCUCUCCCGCUGGUUCAUGGAAGAAAACCAUACAUCACGUCCGGCUUGGUAUUAUCCAUGCCGCUGCUUUUCCCGCAGGCUGUGGCCGUGUACGCUCAGAGGUUUGAGAAUCUCACCGGAUAG